AUGAAAGUCUUGAAGAAUAACUCAUUGAUUAAUCUCCAACAAGCCAUAGAGUUGGUCGUGCAAACCUUACUAAGAAGUUAUUUCGGAAAACCUGUGCGGUACUCCGUUAACGUCAAUUUCGUGUUUUCACUUGGACGAACAAACAGGGCAGCUGCAAUGUGGAUUCAGGUGCGCACAAUGGAUGGGAGGGAAACCCACCAGGUGGAUUCCCUGUCGAAACUUACCAAGGUGGAUGACCUGCGUCUCAAAAUCACAGAGCUCUUCAAGGUGGAGCCAGAAAGGCAGAGACUGUUCUACCGUGGCAAGCAGAUGGAGGACGGCCAUACCAUAUUCGACUACAAUGUUGGUCUAAAUGACAUAGUGCAGCUGCUUGUUAGGCAGAAAAUGCCUGCUGUGGAUGUCAUCAAAAGCAAAGACAAGGAAGCCGAGCUUUCUGACUCUGAUUCUGGUUGUGGCUCAACCCAGAGUGAGUCCGACAAGGGCUCAACUCACGGGGAGGUAGAAGUUCAGACCGCCGCCAGCACCUCUGCCCCGACAAACACCUCAGAGCUCGUCGAUGCGGGGUUCGGAUUUUACAAGAUCAAUGAGCUGGUGGAUGCAAGGGACUUAAACAUGGGGGCUUGGUUUGAGGCCCAGGUCGUGAAUGUUACCAAGACAACAAAGACUCCUAAAGUGGAGGCCGCUGAGGCGCAGUCAGCAGAGGAGGAGAUCCUGUACCAUGUUAAAUAUGAAGACUACCCAGAGAACGGAGUCAUUCAGUUGCUCUCUAAGGAUGUUCGCCCGCGGGCCCGUACGGUGUACCAGUGGCACCAGCUGGAGCCCGGAAUGAUCAUUAUGGUCAACUACAACCCAGACGACCCCAAGGAGCGGGGUUACUGGUAUGACGCUGAGAUCCAGAGGAAGAGGGAGACGCGCACCAUGCGAGAGAUCUACGCCAAGAUUAUCCUUGGUGACGCUGGUGAUUCUCUUAAUGAUUGCCGUAUCAUGUUCCUGACUGAAAUCUAUAAAAUUGAGGAGCCUGGUUCUUUGGGUGACACCCCAGCUGGAUCUGAGAGUCCGUUAAAAAGAUCAAAUGGACCGGAGUGCAAGCACUGCAAGGAUGAUCUCAAGAAAAACUGUCAGUGGUGUAACUGCCAUAUCUGCGGCAUCAAGCAGGAUCCUGACAAACAGUUGCUGUGUGAUGAAUGUGACAUGGCCUUUCACACUUACUGCCUGAACCCUCCGCUCACCACCAUCCCUGAAGACGAGGACUGGUAUUGCCCAGGUUGCCGUAAUGAUGCCAGUGAGGUUGUGUUGGCUGGAGAGAAGCUGAAGGAAAGCAAGAAGAAAUCUAAGAUGGCUUCUGCCAGCUCCUCGAGCCAGAGGGACUGGGGCAAGGGAAUGGCCUGUGUUGGUCGAACCAAACAGUGCACAAUCGUCCCGUCCAACCAUUAUGGACCAAUCCCCGGUGUCCCCGUCGGCUCCUUGUGGAAAUUCAGAGUGCAGGUCAGUGAAUCUGGCGUCCACAGGCCUCAUGUAGCUGGGAUUCACGGCAGGAGCAACGAUGGUGCCUACUCUCUGGUGCUGGCAGGAGGAUAUGAGGAUGACGUGGAUGAUGGUAAUGAAUUCACUUACACUGGCUCUGGGGGACGAGAUCUUUCUGGAAACAAGAGGACUGCUGAGCAAUCGUGUGAUCAGACACUUACCCACAUGAACCGGGCGGUGGCUCUCAACUGUAACGUCCCUGUCAACGACAAAAAUGGAGCGGAGUCCAAGAGCUGGAAGCAAGGAAAACCAGUGAGAGUUGUGCGCAGCUGCAAGGGCCGCAAGCACAGUAAAUACUCCCCUGAGGAAGGAAACAGAUAUGAUGGGAUAUAUAAGGUGGCAAAGUACUGGCCAGCCAAGGGCAAGUCUGGCUUCUUGGUCUGGCGGUAUCUGCUGAGGCGUGAUGAUGAAGAACCGGCUCCAUGGACCAGAGAUGGCAAGGAGCGCAUCAAGAAACUCGGUCUCACCAUGCAGUAUCCUGCUGGUUAUCAGAAGGAGAAGGAAAAUAAAAAUGAAGUGGAGGAAGAGGCGGCGACACCCAGCAAGACAAAGAGGAAGAGGAAAUCUCAGAGCAGUGAUACCUCAAAAACCCCACCAGGCAAGACUCCUAAGAAAAGUAAGGUGGAAGUGUACAAACUUACCCAGGAGCAGAAAUCCCUCAUCAAGAAUGACAAGCCAAACAAGAAGGUGUGGGAUGAAGCCAUGGAGUCACUGUCUCUUGGACCGAAAUUCUUGAACAAAGUUGAAGAAAUUUUCCUCUGCAUUUGCUGCCAAGAAGUGGUCUAUCAGCCUGUUACCACAGAGUGCCAACACAAUGUUUGCAGGGAAUGCCUGCAGCGGUCCUUCAGAGCAGAUGUGUCCACCUGCCCGGCCUGCAGGCACGACCUGGGAAAGAACUACCCCAUGACGGUCAACAAAUCCCUGCAAGAUAUUCUACAUCAGUUUUUCCCAGGGUACAGCAGUGGGCGAUGAUCAUUGGUUCUGCACACUCAGUCCUUGAGGAAUCGUGACGUAAACUGUAAGGGGAAUUUUUCAGUAGAGGCAAUAAAUAAUCAGUUUCUCUUAAUAUAUUUUUAUGACUAUAAAACUACAAUUUUUGUGGACUUCAAUUCUACCGUUUUCACCUUGGAUCUGCCAUGUUGUGUAGUUAGAGUAAUUGAAAAUUCCUUUGUAACUACCAUUUUUCCGUUAAUACCUUACACCGAGACCCAGCAUUUUAUUUUGUUCCAUUAACUAAUGCUAAUGUUAUCCAUAUUGUAAAAUGUUUUAAUCAAAUCCCUCCAUGUUGAGCACUCAAGAGAAUGUUGAGUCUAAAGUGGUUCAGCUGUUUGCUCAACUUGUUUGGAUAUUCUUUUUACUGCUUUUUAUUAGAAUCUGGAUCCCAUCGGUUUGGUUGUGGUUGGUUGCCAUUUUGGUGCAUUUCCCAAAAAUAAUUUAAUUGUGUAGUCGGGGGGGGGGGGGGGGGUUAAUUGGCUGACAUUGAGAUCUUACCUGGAAGCCUCUACUAUGGGUCUUUUGCACAGAAUGCAGCUACUGUGCUCGGAAACCCAUUAUUUCCAAUAGUUUGCACAGCGCCGCGACAGGUUUUUGUGAAAUGUGCGCUAAACUCCAGUGAGGGUAGUGCACACCGCGUCCUGUGUGAAAGGGUUAGUCUCCUGGAGAUAUGUACUCUUCUCUACUGGACUUUUAUAAUCUCUUAUGGUUCCAUAGACAAACUAGACACAAAUGGACAAACUAUCGACAUAAUAUAAUCUUGGCAGACUUCCAGACCAAAUGUGACAUUUUCUAUUUGUCGUGACAUGAUCAGAUAAUAGAAAUUGCACCAAUGUGGUGAGUGAACAAAGCUGCUCUGUACAGUUCAGAUGUCUGACAUGAAAGCACGAGCUGAACAUGUUAGUUUUUAGUUUUUCUGCUCUUGAGCAGUCCGAGAGGAAGUGUCUUGUUGGGGAACGGUGUCCUCUAAUGUGGUUGGAUUUUCUAACUAGUGUAUUGGUUGCUUGAAUAUUUUCAUACAGUAACUUUAUACCUGUACAUUAAGUUAGGGAGGUUUUGUUUUGAAAGUAACUAUGAAUUUGAUGCAACCUGGAAAGCUAAACAUUACACUGUGGUGAAGAUUGACAUUUUCCCUGUUUUGAAAAGUUACCUUUGUUAAAGUCCAAAGAAACAAAAGUGCUUAAACCAGAGUGUAAUGUAGGAAUCCAUCUAUUUAGAUCCUUAGACAUAGUCUGACAACCAAAUCUAACAGAGUCUAGAACUACUUUUGUACUUUUUUUUUUUUCUUUUUCUUUUUUUUGUCUAAAAAUAAAAUUGUACUUCAUCUUUUAUAAUCCAUUACUGCCAUCUUUGCGGGGGGGGGGGGGGGCUGUUCAGUCAAAUUGUUGUCUCUUGUGUUCACAAACUUAUUUAAAAACAGGAAAUGCUUGCAUUGAGAUGACACGUUAAGGAAAUUCCACACACUGCUCCUGAAACAUAAUAUUGAAUCAACUAAAUUAUUAGAAUUUGUUAUUGACUACUUUUGCCGUUGCCUUUUUUCAUUUGAGUUUUUGGUGUUGACUUUCAACAGCAGUGUGUGACGCUGUCUUUCUACAUGCCAGCUGUUUGAGUUUUGAUGGAGAGACAAAUAUUUUGAUACUGGGAAAUGUAUAUUUUCUAAGAUUGUAUAAUUAGUAGUCCAUUAUUUUAGUUGAUAUGUAGUUUUAAAAUUGCUUGCACACUUUUGGUGCAAAAAAAUGUCAAUACAUUUUCAGUGUUAUUCAAUAAAAAAAGUUUAAAUAUCUUAAA